GAGAGAGAAGGGGGAGAAAGGAGAAGAGAGAGAGAAAGGAGAUAGAGAGAAAUAGAGUGAGAGAGGGAGAGGAGAGGCAGUGUGUAUAUAUGUGUGUUCGUGUUGUCCUCAGAGUGACAGACUGUUGCCACAAGGUGCCCUCUUAAGGACUGGUUUCACCUUGGUGUCCUGUCCUUCUGCUGUUACUCGGGGAUCAGCGAGAGAGAGGAGGGGGAGAAGUACACGAUGUUGGACCCGUCUUCCAGCGAGGAAGAGUCGGACGACUUGCUGGCUGGAGAUUUCUCCAAGGAGCCUUCGCUGGGCGGUCUGAGCGGCGGCGGCGGCGGGGGGACGGGGUCGGGGACGGGGGGCGGCGGCAGCAGCAGCAACGCCAGCGGGCGCUCCAUGCCCCCCAGUCGGGGCAGCGGCUCGGGCAGUGCCCGCUCCGUCAGCCCCAGCCCGUCGCUGGCCAGCGAGAAGGAGAAGGAAGAGCAGGAAAGGCUCCAGCGGGAGAAGGAGGAAGACGCCAAGAAGAGGAAGGCGUUGCAGCUCUAUGUCUUCUUGCUGAGGUGCAUCGCUUACCCUUUCAACGCCAAACAACCCACCGAUAUGGCCAGAAGACAGCAGAAGAUGAACAAGCAACAGCUCCAGACAGUUAAAGAACGAUUCCAGGGUUUCAUGAACGGUGAAACACAGAUCAUUGCUGAUGAAGCCUUUUUUAAUGCAAUUCAAUGCUAUUAUGAGAUAUUUCUCAAGAGUGACCGGGUGGCUCGCAUGGUCAGCAGCGGAGGGUGCUCGGCAAACGACUUCCGCGAUGUUUUCAAAAAGAACAUCGAGAGGCGGGUCCGCAGCUUGCCGGAGAUCGACGGGCUGAGCAAGGAGACGGUGCUGAGCUCCUGGAUGGCCAAGUUUGACACCAUCUACAGAGGGGAAGAGGAUCUCCGCAGCAAGCCAGCACGGAUGCCCAUGAGUGCGGUGUCGGAGCUCAUUCUCAGCAAGGAACAGUUGUACGAGAUGUUCCAGCAGAUCCUUGGGAUUAAGAAAAUCGAACAUCAGUUGCUUUAUAAUAGCUGCCAGCUGGAUAACUCGGACGAACAAGCAGCUCAGAUCCGCAGGGAACUAGACGGGAGGCUGCAAAUGGCGGAGCAGCUGGCUAAGGAGCGCAAAACUCUCAAGUUUGUGCAAAAGGACAUGGAAAACAUGUACAUCGAAGAGUUGAGAUCCUCCGUCAACCUGCUCAUGGCUAACCUCGAGAGCCUUCCGGUGGCCAAAGGAGGCUCAGAGUUCAAGUUGCAGAAGCUGAAGCGGUCUCAGAAUUCCUCCUUUCUGGAUAUCGGAGAUGAGAAUGAAGUUCAGCUCUCAAAGUCAGACGUGGUGCUGUCAUUUACGCUGGAGAUUGUUAUAAUGGAAGUUCAAGGAUUGAAAUCAGUGGCACCUAAUCGUAUUGUGUACUGCACAAUGGAAGUAGAGGGUGGGGAGAAGCUUCAGACAGACCAGGCAGAAGCAUCAAGGCCACAAUGGGGAACGCAGGGAGAUUUUACCACCACUCAUCCUCGUCCAGUUGUCAAGAUUAAGUUCUUCACGGAGAGCACAGGAGUUCUUGCCCUCGAAGACAAAGAAUUGGGGAAGCUCGUUCUUUACCCGACUCCCAACAGUCUGAAGACACCAGAAUUGCUCACGAUGGUGACACCAAAAAAUAGCCAAGAUUCAGAUCUGAAAAUGAAACUGGCGGUAAAGAUGGAUAAACCUCCAAACAUGAAACACUGCGGAUAUCUUCACGCACUCGGGCAGAAGGUUUGGAAGAGGUGGAAGAAGCGGUACUUUGUCCUUGUUCAGGUUAGUCAAUACACGUUUGCUAUGUGUAGCUACAGAGAGAAGAAGUCUGAACCCCAGGAGUUAAUGCAGCUGGAAGGAUACACAGUGGACUACACAGAGCCGCAGCCAGGCCUCGAUGAUGGACGAGCCUUCUUUAACGCUGUGAAAGAAGGUGACACCGUGGUGUACGCGAGCAAUGACGAACAGGACCGAGUGCUGUGGGUCCAGGCUAUGUACAGAGCUACAGGCCAGUCCUACAAGCCCACCCCACCAUCCCAGGUCCAGAAGCUGAACGCUAAGCGAGGUAGCACUCAGCUACCAGACGUACCCAUCUCACAGUUCUAUGCCGACCGGGCUCAGAAGCAAGGGAUGGACGAGUUCAUCGCUGCUGAUCCCUGCAGAUUUGACCACUCAACCCUUUUCGAAGUGCUUCAAAGGAAAACGCUGGAGCACAGGCUGAACGAUUCAUACUCCUGUCUGGGUUGGUUUAGUCCCGGCCAGGUGUUUGUGCUGGAUGAAUACUGCUCCCGCUACGGGCUACGAGGCUGCCAUCGCCAUCUCUGCUAUCUCAAGGAACUGAUAGAGCGCGCAGAAGGAGGCACCAUGAUAGACCCCACUCUCCUCCACUACAGCUUCGCCUUCUGUGCCUCCCACGUUCAUGGCAACAGGCCUGAUGGAAUUGGAACUGUAACGGUUGAAGAGAAGGAAAGAUUCAAUCAAAUUAAGGAAAGACUUCUCUGUCUCCUUGAGAAUCAGAUCACUCACUUCAGGUACUGUUUCCCUUUCGGAAGACCAGAAGGAGCGCUCAAAGCCACCCUCUCGUUGCUAGAAAGGGUACUGAUGAAAGACAUAGCCACCCCAGUACCACCUGAGGAUGUCAAGAAAGUGGUGCGGAAGUGUCUGGAGAAGUCUGCUUUGAUCAACUACUCUCACCUUUCGGAAUAUGCCAAAAUAGAAGAAGCAUUAAGCCAAGGGACUCCGAGCAAACGACUGGACGAUGUCAUUCGACUGGCAGAGCUAUGCAUUGAGGUGCUUCAGCAAAACGAGGAACACCAUUAUGAGGGAAGAGAGGCUUUUUCUUGGUGGCCUGAUCUGAUGGCGGAGCAUGCAGAGAUAUUUUGGUCCCUAUUUGCAGUCGACAUGGACGCCACCCUUGAAGCACAGCCCCAGGACUCCUGGGACACCUUUCCCCUCUUCCAACUUCUCAACAACUAUUCAAGGAAUGAACCGCUUUUGUGCAAUGGGAAAUAUCACAAACAUUUGCAAGAAUUAUUUAUUCCUCUGGUGGUACGUUACAUUGACCUGAUGGAGUCGGCGAUCGCUCAGUCCAUUCAUAAAAGCUUUGAACAAGAAACAUGGCAACCUGUAAAGAACCUCACCAAUAACCUUGUUAACGUGAGCCUACCAAAGGUCCCAAGUCUGCCUCUUAACCUUCCACAAAUGCCCAGCUUUUCUCCAUCAACUUGGAUGGCUUCCUUAUAUGAUUCCACGAAUGGUUCUUCCACAUCGGAGGAUCUCUUUUGGAAGCUGGAUGCUCUACAGAUGUUCGUCUAUGAUCUACACUGGCCAGAGGCUGAAUUUUCCCAACAUCUGGACCAAAGACUCAAACUCAUGGCCAGUGACAUGAUUGAGGCCUGUGUGAAAAGAACAAGAGUUGCGUUUGAAGCCAAGUUGCAAAAGCUGAGCAAAUCAACAGAUCUGCGCGUCCCUUCUUCUGUCUGUACAAUGUUCAACGUGCUUGUGGAUGCCAAGAAACAAUCGACUAAACUCUGCAUUUUGGAAGGAGCGCAAGAGAGUGGUAAGCAAUGGCAGCAGUAUCAUUCAAAGAUCGACCUUUUGAUUGAAGAAACCUUCAAAGAAAUGAUUUCACUUCUGGUUUCAAAGUUUGUCUUUGUGCUGGAAGGCGUCUUAUCCAAGUUGUCACGAUAUGAUGAAGGAACCUUCUUCUCUUCAAUCCUAUCGUUCACUGUAAAAGCCGCUGCCAAGUAUGUUGAUGUGCCUCAACCGGGAAUGGAUCUUGCAGAUACCUACAUCACAUUUGUCCGGCAAAACCAGGACAUACUUCGUGACAAAGUCAAUGAGGAAAUGUAUAUAGAACAUCUCUUUGAUCGAUGGUACACCACCACAAUCAAAGUCAUCUGUGACUGGCUGACAGACCGAAUGGAUCUACAGCUACAUCUCUACCAGCUGAAGACGCUCAUAAAAAUAGUGAAGAAAUCCUACAGGGAUUUCAGGCUGCAGGGAGUUCUGGAAGGGACGUUGAACAGUAAAAUGUACGAGACGGUGCAAACCCGGCUGACGGUGGAAGAAGCAACAGCAUCGGUGUCGGAGAGCGGUGGACUGCAGGGCAUAACCAUGAAGGACAGCGACGAAGAAGCCGAGGAUGUGAAAUAGGUGAAAGCGGGGACGAACGCAGCCGCUCCCUUUGUCUGGCGACCUCUCAGCCAUCGCUUGUACCAUUUCGUCAGAGGUGAUCAACAUCAUUCAAAUUGACUAAACUCAAGUGUAAGUCAUCCAACUUUCUCGCAGAGAGCAGGGAAGGAAAGGAGAUGACAUUGUUGACUCCCAACUGGGUGCUGAGCCGCGCCCAAUGUGCCCUCUGCUCCUGUACCAUCUACAGCAGCGCCUUGUGAAUGGAUAUCCCUCCACCACCAUAAGAGAGAAAGGAGGUGGGGGGGGGGGGGGGAGGGGGCAGUGGGAAACGAAAGUUUGGGAUCUGACAGACAAAAAGCAACAAUGGUAUCAACAGUCAAUCAUGUCUGGAGAAAGUCCCAAAAGCCCAGGUGUCACAAAGACAGUGUAAACACUCUCAGCGGAGAAACCACCAUCAAACACUACAGUCUCAGUCCUUUGGAAGUGAAGUGUGUGGGGCUAUUUUGUUAUCUGUGCUCUUUGUGGUCUUAAUUGCUGAGAUAAAGCGGCUUGGUAGAAUACAACGGGCCGUGUUAUAUUGAGAUGUCUUUUGUGCCUGAUGUUCUGGGCAUCGUUCUAAAUACAGUAAUGCCUGUAGAAUUUGCUGUUCGAUAUAACGUGCGAGCCUCUGUGUGUUUAGAGAUGCCCCUUUUUUCCCCCGCCUUCUCCAUUCUGUGCCCAUACUACCCAGAGUCAUCGCAGGUCCGGCGAGCAUCCCACCUGGGGAGGCUGAGAAGAUACCGAGAAUAGUGGAGUGUUUCAUCUCAAACCAGUCUGGGUGAUCCCUUUACCCCCAACAUGUCACAAGUGUUUGCUGCAGCAUUUCAAAACACUGAGCGAUGGCAAAUAUAUAUAUAUAUAUCUUCAAUAUUUGUUUAUUUUGAGGCUUUGAUUGUAAUAAAGUCAUCUGUAUUUCCAAUUUA